ACGGGGGCGUGUCCAGGCUGGAGUUGGUGAAGGAGUCCACAAUCCAGAACACAACCAGCCGCAACAGGAAAAUGUCCUCAGUGCCUGAUGGAAAGAAGCUGGUCCGGAGCCCCAGCGGCCUGCGCAUGGUGCCUGAAAACGGCGCGUUCAACAGCCCCUUCUCCCUGGACGAACCCCAGUGGGUCCCGGACAAAGAGUGCUCAAGAUGUAUGCAGUGUGACACCAAGUUCGACUUCAUCAGAAGAAAGCACCACUGUCGGCGGUGUGGCCGGUGUUUCUGUGACAAGUGCUGCAGUAAGAAGGUGGCGCUGCCGAGAAUGUGCUUUGUUGAUCCGGUGCGACAGUGUGCCGAGUGCGGCCUGGUGUCUCAGAAGGAGAUGGAGUUUUAUGACAAGCAGCUCAAAGUGCUCCUAGGAGGAGGCACCUUCGUUGUCACUCUGGGAUCAUCAGACAGGUCUGAAACCAUGACGUGUCGCCUCUCUAACAACCACAGAUAUCUGUUCUUCGAUGGUGAAACUCACUUUGAAGUGGAGUUAUCGCGGAUUUCCAGCAUGCAAAUUUUGACAGAUGGUGCGAGUCCAGGAGAGAAUGACAUUCAUACUUACACCAGUCUGAUGGACAGUCACUAUGUCUCUGAAGGAGGGACGUCCCGUGCCAGUGGCAUGCUGCUCCACUAUAAGCCAAUGGGCUCUCAGGACGCCCAGCAGCUUCGCAUGGAGGCAGCAGACGAUAAGAAAGUGGCCUCAUUGUGGCUGGCAGCAAUGCACAAGGCGGCCAAGCUGCUGUAUGAAGCUCGAGACCAGUGACAUGCAGGCGGCCUGCAGCAGUGAACCCCAGGCAGCACACACCCAAGUGUUCGUACCCUAUCUCGCUGGGGUUUGGUAUCUUUUGGAUCACAUUAACAUCAGCUCUGAUUCUGCUUCUCGUCUGAUUCUUCCUCAGUUCUUGAUACCAGUUAUUAUAGAAAUGAAAUGUUUAUACACUUUAUUACCUCUAUAACCAGUACUUUGUACGUCAUGUUUAUCACAACAGGCUGUUUGUUUGUCUGUUUUUUUUGCUCUUACAUGUCUUGUUUUUCAUUCUUACGUCAAUUCUCUGUUCUACAUAAAAGUGGGACAGCAGGAAAACACUAUUUAGUACAUUUCAUACUAUUGUUUCUGAGAUUUGAGAAUUGGAUUUUCUUUUAUCAGCGUCAUCAUACUGUGACAAUUUCAAUUUCUUGCUUCUUGCAGAAAUUGAACUCUGACAUGAAAAGUGGCAUUAGCAUAUUUGAAACACCAUUUUUCAUGACGUCAGUGAUGUUUGUUCAAGUAUUAAACUCAAGGCAGAGGCGCAGUGGUUUUAUCAGCACACUAACUUUUUAUGCUGAGGGUUAUUUUUUAUUUUCCUGGUAGAAGUGAUGAGACACUUGAUGGAUCUUUGUAUCUGCUGAGACCAUCUACACAGCACCAAGUAGGCUCUGAGUGUCUUCCUCAUGGGACCUUCUGCAGAAUAAGGGACAAAUCCACCUUAAAACCCUCUGACAUGAUGCACUUUGCACUUCAGGUGACCGGUUGGUGGUGUCGUGGUAAAACACGGUGGAUUUGUCCUUUAGGUUAAAAUGAGGGGAAAGUUUAGGUGAUGCAUUUUCUUCUCCGCUCUCUGCUACAUGUAUUUAUUGAUUGAACUCUUUAGGCCGCAGCGUCUAAGGAAACAGACAAUUCACUGGUUCUAGUGAAGUAUAAAAACGCAUACGACAUGAAUAAAUGCUUUAAAUGUAGUUUCAUUAUUGAUGUUUUGUACAAGCUAUUUUGUUAAAUACUUUAACUCAAGUACAUACUUACAUGAUUUUUAAAGCUAAAAGUAUGACUAGUUUUGGUAACACUUGUAUACAGUUAUUUCUUUUACCCACACUGAGUCCUAAACAGUCUGUCUUUUUUUAUUUUUUCACAUCAUUUGCUGUUUGCUUCAACCUGAGCUGGGCUGUUAGUUGGGCACCUACAAACUUAUUCAAAACAAAUCUUGAGGCUGAGUGCAUUUGAGCCAGAGCACAAACCUAAAUGACUAAAACUACAUUAGCCCCAGCCACCAUGCGAUACAAUAUUUACAACUGAUUUGUUUAAACUGUGAGUGAGAAUUGAAAACAGCUGAGGCAUGAUAACAAAACAGGCAGAGCCUUACUAAACAAAACAGGACUUCAGCUGUCAUCCUGACUGUUUUUUUGGCACAGCAGAUGACUGUGUUUGUGCCUGAUGUGUCAUGUCAUUAAUUUAUAUUUUCUACAUGCCCCAUUAGCCUUUAAGCUUCAAAUCAAAUUAUUUUAAUAUUUUGUAAUAGUGUUCCUUUAAAAUGGGGAAACUGGAUGUUCCCCAUCCCGAUGUCACACUGCCACCAUGAGAAAGUGAUCAUACAUAGUGUUUUUGUGGGAGGUUCCAAGUUUUUUGUUAAAUGUAAUAAGAGUUUUUUGCUGUCAGCAGUGCCGCUGUGUGACAUACCUGAAUACACACACACACACACACACACACACACACACACACAGACAUCCAUAAAGAAUAUGUUCAUUAUACUGAACCCACCCCAACACACUGAGCUGCACCUUCGCAUUGUCUUUACUAAAACGUUUGCACUAUGUGUGAAAUCCCUCAUUAGUCAUGACACAGCCUGUGUUUGUAUGUACCUGCACUUUGUUACUGUCCCUUCUCCCUCUCCUUCAUUGACCACACUGAUGUGGCUACAGUGAACUACACCUUCUGAAUAAAAUCGCGUGUUUAUACA